AUGGAAAUUUAAUAAGGGGAUCAAUUAAGAGUGGCUGCAAAGCAUCAUAUUGAGAGUUUCAAUUACUUGUACACUCAUGGUUUGGUUGAAAUAUGCCGACAUCUAAGUCCUAUAGAAGUUUGUGUGCCUGGAAAUCGAGACAUUCGAUUGCCGUUUAAGAAUAUGAAGAUUUGGAUUGAGGAACUAUAGAUAGGAAUGCCAACAUAAUAAGGAAUGUUGGGAGAUAAUAGAGUUCUGCCAACUCAAUGUAGAUAGAUGAAGAAGAGUUACACAGCUCCAAUGUUAGCCACUAUUUGCAGAGAGAUAGAUGAUAAUCCAAAGGAGACAGUCCGUUUGUCUCUGGGAGAGAUACCAAUAUUGGUGAAGAGCCAGAAGUGUCAUUUAAAUGGGCUGAGUGCAGAAGAAUUGGUGUAAUAACAGGAAGAUUGCAAUGAAUUCGGAGGUUACUUUAUAAUCAAUGGCAAUGAGAAGAUUAUAAGAAUGUUGAUCAUUUAGAAAAGGAACUACCCAAUUGCAUUCAAGAGACCUGGUUACAAGAACAAGGGAUUCAACUUCUCUCCAUAUGCAGUUUAGAUGAAGUGUGUGAGAUCAGAUCAAUAUGCAAGAACUAUCACACUACAUUACUUGAUGGAUGGUAAUGUGUACUUGCGUAUCAUCUUGAAGAAGAAGGAAUUGCAAAUGCCAGUAAUAAUAUUAUUAAGAGCAUUAACAGAUAUGAAUGAUUAUCAAAUUUAUUAAUAGAUAGUGCGUUCAUAAGCAGACAAGUCAGAUAUCUCUGAUAGAGUGGAAGUUAUGAUUGCAGAUGCUAAAUCAAGAGGAAUCAACACUCAAAAGGAUGCACUUGAAUAUAUUGGUAGAUUACUAAGAGUGGAACUCAACAUCUUUAAUCCAGAGACCACUGAUCUCUAAGUCGGUCGCAUAUUCUUGAGAGAACACAUUUGUGUACAUCUUGACAAUGAUCAAGAUAAAGCAUCAAUUCUCUUAUUGUGCAUUGAAAAAUUGUAUGCUCUUUUCAUAGAUGAAAUCAAUCCUGACAAUCUUGAUUCCUUAGUCAAUCAGGAAGUUCUCCUGUCUGGUCAUCUCUACACUGCAUAUUUGAGAGAAAAAUUGGAAGAUUUAUUAGUCGGAGUCAGAGAGAAAAUAUUAAAAGAUGCAACCAAGGAAUAAUCAAAAUUGAAGGACUUGGCUUAUUUUAAAAGAUGCUUUGAUUUAUAAACUACUGUUGGGGAAAAAUUGGAAAAUUUCUUAGCCACUGGUAAUUUGAGAUCAUAAACUGGAUUGGAUUUAAUGGAAGCAAGUGGAUUUACUAUCAUUGCUGAUAAAUUAAAUAAUAUGAGAUUUCUCUCUCAUUUUAGAUCUGUUCAUAGAGGAUCAUAUUUUGCAUAAAUGAAAACCACAACUGUUCGUAAAUUACUUCCAGAUGUUUGGGGAUUCGUCUGUCCUGUCCAUACACCAGAUGGAGGACCUUGUGGUCUACUCAAUCACAUUACUAUGAGUUGUGUGCCCUUAACUCAUCCAGAUGAACAAGAUAUUGAAGAAUUGCUGUUUCCUUUAGGAGUGCAAUCUCAACGUUUGAUCUACUCUAAGAAUGAUCUCCCUGUAGUAUUGAAUGGCAAAUUAAUUGGUUACUUAAAUUCCUCAUUAUUACCCACAUUUGAACACACUAUUAGAGUGUACAAAUCCAAUGGCACAAUCAAGGAAACUACAGAAGUGGCUUGUCUGCCUAGAUAGGAGAAUAAAUCUCCUCUGUUUCCUGGAAUUUAUAUCAAUACUACUGUAGCUAGAUUAAUGAGGCCAGUUAUUAAUUUGAAGUUGAAUACAAUUGAAUGGAUCAGUCCUUUAGAAUAGAUUAAUAUGAGUAUAGCCUGCACAUAAGCUGAUAUUCGUACUGAUACUCAAUACUAGGAAAUUGAUCCUGCAUACAUUUUAAGUAUUUUGGCUUCCAAUGUUCCAUUCUUGAAUUAUAAUCAAAGUCCUAGAAACAUGUAUCAAUGUCAGAUGGCUAAAUAAACAAUGGGAUCUCCAUGUCAUAACUACCCUUAUAGAUUUGAUAACAAAAUGUAUAGAAUUUUAUUCCCUUAAAAACCAGUUGUCAGAUGCUUCGGUUAUGAUGAUUACUAAUUCGCCGAUUAUGCUAGUGGUACCAACGCUAUUGUGGCAGUCAUCAGUUAUACAGGAUAUGAUAUGGAAGAUGCUAUGAUCUUAUGCAAAUCUAGUUAUGAGAGAGGAUUCGGACAUGGCAUAAUUUAUAAAUCUUCAGAGUAUUCCUUGAAUGACGACAAAGAAGUCAAAUACAAAUUACUCAGUCAAAUACCUGUUUAAUUAUACAACCAAAUCAAAUCACAAAUUCCAGUAAAUUUGUUACCUUAUGGAUUACCUGAAUAAUCUUAAGUUGUUACAAAAGGAACUGCUGUCUUAGCUCUAUAUGACAGUCAAUUGCAAUAGGUCAAAGUUCAUCAUUCUAAAGACAGCGAGACUGCUAGAAUCGAAUAAGUAGCUGUAGUGAAUAAAUCUGAAAAUGAUGUGUCAGUCAUGAUCAAAUAUAGAAUCAAUCGUAAUCCUAUUAUAGGUGACAAAUUUUCAUCUCGUCAUGGCUAGAAAGGUGUGAUGUCCUUAUUGUGGCCAUAAAUUGAUAUGCCAUUCUCUGAAUCAGGUAUGGUACCAGAUAUCAUAAUUAAUCCUCACGCUUUCCCAUCUAGAAUGACAAUUGGUAUGUUAAUAGAGAGUAUGGCUGCUAAGGCAAAUGUGUUAUAAGGAGAGAUGUUUGAAACUCACCCAUUCCAAAAUUAUGAGAAUGAUAAUGUUGUGGAUUACUUUGGUAAACAAUUAAUUAAACAUGGUUACAACUAUCAUGGAAAUGAAACCUUGUAUUCUGGUAUUUACGGAACUCCUCUAAAGGUUGACAUCUACUUCGGAGUGGUCUAUUAUUAAAGAUUGAGACAUAUGGUAUCAGAUAAAUCUCAAGCCAGAAGCAUGGGACCUGUCGAUGUACUCACUCAAUAACCAAUCAAAGGUAGAAAGAAGGGAGGAGGUAUCAGAUUGGGUGAGAUGGAAAGAGAUGCUCUCAUUGCUCAUGGAGUUGCGUAUUGUAUUAAUGAUCGUUUGCUCAAAUGUUCAGAUUACUCUGAAACCUACAUCUGUGAUAAAUGUGGUAAUAUGUUAGCCACUUAUCAAUUUGUCCAAUUAUUAUCCUUAGAAAAUAUUCAGUCUGUGUAGAGUUCUCAUCCAUAUUGUGUGAGAUGCAAACAAGCAAAAUGUUCUAAGGUAGCCAUACCAUUUGUACUCCGAUAUCUUGUAAAUGAAUUGGCAGCCAUGAAUGUUAAAUUAGAAUUUUCUGUCGCUAGAUGAAUUGUACAUUAUAUAUAUUUUAUCAAUAUUAUGAUUGAUGAACUAUUUAAAA